AUGGCCAUCAUUAUGAUUAGAAACAAUGAAACGACUUCGCAACGUACUCAACAGGGCAAUAUUACAAAUGUUAAAACAUUGCAAAGAGAAGAUCCACAACGAUAUGCUGACUUAUCUCAUUUCCGACCCAUUAUUUUGCCGGAAAUACCGGAUAGCAAAUUGUCCAGCUCGAGUCACAGUCGCGGUCUGAUUAGCCGUGAUCAUCCAGGCUACUCUUUACACGAUUAUGAAGAAUAUCCGCAUUUUGAUUACGGAUACGAUCAUCAUAUACCAAUUGCCGAUCAUCACGAAUUCGGUCAUCACAGCUAUGACCCAUACCACUAUGGACACCACUACGGUCACCACUAUGAAGAGGAACAUCACUAUCCGAGUCAUCAAAACAAAAAUUAUAAAAACGCAUUGGCCGCUAAAGCGGUAUUAUGGCCGAUUGCAGGAAUUGCACUUCUUGGAGCCGCGGCUGCUUUAGUAAGCAAUCCUAUUCUUUUGCAACUAGGAGUGGCUACCGGCAAACGGAAGAGAAGAGAUACCGAAGAAAUUACAGGACCUGAUACCGAAAUUGACUUUAAAAAAUGGAACUCUGAUGACGAUGAUCAUGGAAAACAUGCCAUGAAUAUAAACGAGAAAAAAUCAAGCAAGCUCUUUCAAAGGAAAACUUUAAAAACUAGGAUAAUUAAUCCAAAACGCUUUACUAAGUAUUCCCGUCUCCAAUCUCCUGAUUUACAAUUUAAUGUCAAUACUUCAAUAAGUAAUGAAUCAGAUGAAGUUAAUUUUAUACCGAUAAAACUAAAGAAUGUUUAAUAAAAAACUUCGUCAA